AUGUCACGCAACACCACAAUUUUGGGCCAAUUAAAUAGCGUGUACAAUUCAUAUCCUUUAAAAAGCUCAAAAUUAAACUCUUACAACUCAAGUAAAAAGAAACAAAGAGAAAUGGUCUCACUACGCAAAUUAGUUGUGAGUUUCGUGUUGGUCCUGUCGGUCGUGCUGAUUGCACAUCUGACACAGGGUAAAGAGAUUCGAUUGAAGGAUUUGAAGAGACUUUCACAUCCAAUUAAGAAAGCCUGCUACUCACAUGAUGGCAUUGGAGUCAAUCCCAAACAUCCAACAUUUGGUGCAACUGGACAAUCAUUCCCAAGACUUACUCCAGCCGCCUAUACGGAUGGUGUAAGGGUCCCUCCACGUCAAAAGUAUUCCGCAAGAGAACUCAGCAACGUAUUUUGUAAGCAAGAGAAGUGUGACACAAGCAACAAGUACGGCGUCAAUGCCAUGUUCUAUGCGUUCGCUCAAUUCAUCGAUCACGACAUUGACUCCAUGGGUACCGGCAGAAACAGCGAAACAUUCCCAAUUCCUGUUCCACCUGGAGACAGAUUCAAAACACCAACUAUUCCAUUUACAAGAGGUACCUUCUCCUCCGAAAAAGUUAUUUUCAUUGGUGAUCCAGUCAAUCAAGUGAAUGUUAUUACAGGUUACAUUGAUUGCUCACAAAUUUAUGGCAGCGAUCCAACAAAGGCAAAAGCAUUGAGAACCUUGCAAGGAGGAUUAUUGAAAGUGAACAAUGUCUUUGGUGAAGAGUUUCUUCCAAAUUCCUUCGUUCAUACCAAUGGUAAAUUCUUCUCUGGUGGUGGUAACAACAGUAUUAUUGCCGGAGAUGAUCGAGUCACCGAGGCACUACCAAUCUCUAUCAUGCAAACUAUCUUCCUUAGAGAACACAAUAGAUUGGCUCGACUCAUCAGAAAGAGAUUUGGCAUUUGUAAGAAGAGUACCAAAAAGAAGCGCGUGGAUGAGUACAUUUACCAAACUGCAAGAGCUAUCAACUGUGCUCAAAUUCAAUCCAUUACAUAUCGUGAAUAUCUUUCCAAACUCUUGGGUAAACACAAAAUUAAUCCAUACAAGUUGAAGUUUGACCCUGAUGUGAACGUGACACCAGCAAACGAAUUUGCUACUGCUGCAUACAGAUUUGGUCACUCACUCGUGUCAUGCGAGCUCCACAGAAUUGAUGAAAACGGCAAGGAAAUGGAAACGAUCCAGUUUAAGGAUGCAUUCAACGGUUUCAGAAGGCUCACUAACAACAAAGGAGAGCUUGAGAUGCUUGUUAGAGGUCUCUGUACUCACUUUUCUCAAAAUCUUGAUGAAAAGAUUGCGGAUGGCCUUAGAGACUUUUUGUUCGGACCAAAUGUUCGUUUAGAUCUCGCUGCAUCCAACAUUCAACGAGGACGUGACGCAGGUCUUCCAUCCUUCAACGAUAUGAGAAAGAGUUUGGGCCUCAAGCCACUCUCAGCCUCUCAAAUGACAUCUGAUCCUGAACUUCGUGAAAAGCUUGUCAAAUACUUUGGAGAAGAGUUGAACGAUCUUGACCCAUGGUUAGGUAUUCUCAUCGAACCAAAGUAUGGAAACUCUCAACUUGGUCGAUUGGGCACCAAGAUCGUGAAGGAACAAUUCGAAAGAUUUGUUAAGGGCGACCCUUGUUUCUACACUCACCGAAGAAAAGCAUGGAUGAAACAAGUGAGAAAGGCUGUUGAUCGUGUAACUCUCGCAGACAUCAUUGCUGCCAACACCAAAAUAUCCCGAAAUGACAAGGCACUCUCAAGAUCUGCUUUUGAUUUUAAGCCAUAA